UAAUCGGCCUUGGAAAUGAAUGGAACCUAACUGUUCGCUGAGAGUCCAAGAGUAGCAUAGGAGGUGUGAGCCGCUGAACUUCUGAACUUCAGUUGAACAGUCAGACAUCACAAAUAUCUCUUGUUUGCUACGUGAAAGUUGAUGUUGUAGAAAGGCUACAAUGGAAUCUUUAGGAAUCAGACAAGAGUCACUUUUGUACAAAUAUGUUAGGAUUACAGCAGUUGUCAGCCUUUACUGGGCUGUCUCCAUAUCGAUGGUGUUUGUCAACAAGUAUCUCCUUGGUGGCUCAUCCGGUCACGAUAAAGAUGCGCCGCUCUUUGUCACUUGGUUUCAGUGUUUUGUAACUGCAGUUGCAUGUAUUUUACUCAGUCAAGCAUCAAAAGUCUUCCCUAACUUAAUAACGUUUCCUGAAGUUGGACAUCUGGAGAAAAGUAAAGCCAGACAGGUGUUACCCUUAACAUUCAUGUUUGUAGGCAUGAUCACCUUGAACAACCUUUGUUUGAAGUAUGUGGGUGUGGCAUUUUAUUAUGUAGGAAGAUCGUUAACAACUAUUUUCAACGUCAUCUUCACAUACAUAAUGUUGGGUCAGAAAACAUCUUCGCCUGCCAUAGUGUGCUGUGCUGUUAUUAUUGGGGGAUUUUUUCUAGGAGUGGACCAAGAGAAUGAGGCAGGUUAG